AUGCUGACCCUUCAGAACCAGCCAACACCUGCGUACGGUUAUCGACCUACUCAUGACCUGCCGACACCGCCCCCGGCCAUCUACUCCCCAGUCCUGACCUCUUCUUUAACUGCUUUCCCGCCAUCUUGCCGAGAGCCUCCAGAGCCUCGCAUCAUGUCGGUACCUCACCGCGGCCUUCCGCCGCCCCCGGCCAUGUCCUUGACACCUCAGCAAGCUCCAGCUCCCCAUCCGCCCGUUCACCCACCGUCUCACCAACCUCCGCCUCCCGUUCACCACAGCCAACAGCCUCCGAUGCCGCCGCAAUCUCACCCUCCACCUCAUCCUGCAACUCAUCCUGCACCUCAUCCUGCACCUCUUCAUCAUCACAGAGACUCAUGGGCUGCCACUUCCGCCCCUCCGCCUCCGACUUCUUUACCGCCCCCGCCACAUCACUGGUCUACUUCAGAUGAGUCUAUGCGCUUCUGGCUGCAAGCCCGGACCGAAGAAGAAAGAACGCGGCAGGAACAGGAGAAGACAAGACAGGAAGGACUUCGUUUAGAGCAACGCAAGAUUGAAAGCGACAUGCUCAACUCUUCACUAAACGGUGGAAUCCCUCCUCCCAUGAUUCCUUUGGUCUUUACUGGCAUGGCCAGCGGCGGCGUUCUACCCCAAGCUGCCUUGGACUGGGCUCAACAAUACAUGGCCUCGCAAUCCCAGUAUCAUCAGUUGCCUGCUCCGCCUCGACCAAUCUCGCCCGAGUCUCAUCGUGAGGCUGCUGCUCAAUCUUCGGCUUCAUACCACCCACCUAAUCUUCCACCACCAGUGCAGGGAGGCACAUACGCUGCUUAUGCAACUUCACCAACGCGGCCUCGGGGCUCGACUGUCUCUGGCCAAAUGACUCGUCCAGCUGCCGGUUCCACUAUCUCAUCAGCAGGGUCAAACACACCUCAAUCCGCAGGGCUUCAACCAAGCACCUCGACACUGGGCCCGUUUCCGCCUCAUCAGUCUGGCGCGGGGCAGUCAUCACAGCAAGACUCUCAACUUUUCUUUCAUCACUGGCAACCUCCUGUAACACAGCCAGGACAGUCCUCGGGGGCAUCAAACAGGCCCAGCAGUCCAGCAGGCGAGUCGCACAAGAAGCGCAAAGCCGGAGCAGAUUCGUCCCACCACAGCCGCACGAGUAGCACGCAACGUCCACGAUCCCCGCCGCCGCUUUCUCAGCGCGAUUUUGGAGGCGCCCCAGCCCGCAGAUUACACAAACGGCACAAAAGCGACGUUUCUUGGUAUCACGGGCCCCGACAUGGCAUGGGGUCCAGUCACGACUCGGCACACCGCGCUCGAACUCCUGCACAGGAUAACUCUUCGACGUCGUCCAAGGAUCGAGAGCUAGCUGAAGGAUCUCGCCGAGACUCACAACCAGAGACGUAUUCACGGCCCCGUCAUGAGGAUGAAGGACAAUCCCGAGACCGCCAACGAGAACGAGAACGAGAACCUACUACAGGCCCAGGCGAAAGGACCGCGUAG